CUCCCUUCCGCUUCCGGUGACGCGGCCCCGGUGCCGGAAGCUGCGCUACUGCUGAGUUGGUGUCGCUGCUGCCGGGGGAGCUGGAGCCGCAAUGGCGCCAAAGGGGAAGGUGGGAACAAAAGGGAAAAAGCAGAUUUUUGAAGAUAACAAGGAGACGCUGAAAUUCUACCUGCGGAUCAUCCUUGGUGCUAACGCCAUUUAUGCAGUUGUGAACCUGGUGAUCUUCUACGCAACAGCCUCCUCCUGGACCUGGGUUGCGUUUGUGUUUAGCAUGGUGAUCUAUGGUGCCAGUUACCGCUCCAUGAACUCCAUGGCAAAGGCCUCUUUCACUGACGAUGGCAACCUUGCUGAUGGGGGAAUUGAUCUGAAUAUGGAGCAGGGGAUGGCAGAGCACCUCAAGGAUGUGAUCUUACUGACUGCCAUUGUCCAAGUGCUCAGCUGCUUCUCCGUCUAUGUCUGGUACUUCUGGCUCUUGGCUCCAGGACGGGCUCUCUAUCUCCUGUGGGUGAACAUCCUGGGGCCCUGGCUCACGGCUGACUCUUCAGCUGCCACCCAGGAGCCAAAUGAGAAGAAGCAACGCCGCCAGGAGCGCCGCCAGAUGAAGCGCUUCUAGCUACACACGUGGGGGUGGAUUAGAUCUAAUUCACCAUCUCCACCUUGUUACUUCAUCAGGGAUGCGAUUUAAACCAAUCAGAAACCAUCACAGUGUCUGUCACCCUCUCAUUGAUCCAUUCCACUCUAAAGGCUGCCAGAGACUUCCCUUGACUGCUUCUGAUGGUCACAUCAGGGGCUGCUCCACCACUUGGGGCCUUACUUGACAAGGGGGAGGGAGGUUGCAAUGGGAUAUGUGUAAAUAGCUUUUUCGAGCAAUGGUGUAAGGAGUUUGGGGAUUGGAAUUGCCUUGUUGGAGGAAAUAUAUUAAAGAGGAGAAUCUAA